AUGGCGCCCUCCGCAAUUGAAGAGCAAACAGCAACAGAGCCGGUACUUGUGAAGCCAUGGAGUCGCCCUGAGCCAACCAAAGAGGAUCUGGAUUGGGCACCACUAGUUGAGAUUGAUAUUUCUCUUUUUGACCAGCCGGGUGGAAAGGAAGAGCUUGCAAAACAACUACACGACGCCGUUACGCGAGUAGGAUUUUGGGUCGUGGUCGGACAUGGACUUGGUGAUGAACAGGUUCUACGCCAAUUCAGCAUUGGAAAUGCAUUUUUCAAAGAGUCUCUGGACGAAAAGCGAAGCUUCCCAUGCAAUUUUUCCGAGGGCGAGUAUUUUGGAUACCGUGAGAACGAAAGAUGGAUUGGGGACACGGGAGUCAAAGACAACGUAGAAAUGCUCAACAUUCCAAAAGCCAUCCCGGAAUGGGACAGUGUUCCUAAGCAUAGGAUUACUCGUCAGAAUUAUCCUGAAAUUGCAAAGUUCCACCGUGACCUCUAUCAGAAAGUUGUUGAAAAGCUGUUCGUGCUGAUGGCUAUCAUUCUUGAGCUGCCCGAGGACUAUUUGGUCAACGCCCAUGCCUACAAUCAGCUUUCAGAUGAUCACCUGCGUUACAUGAUCUAUAAUACCCGCACCCAAGAGGAAUGGGACAAGGCACAGGGCUAUACCAAAGGCGGCCACACAGACUUCGGCAGUUUGACAUUGCUUUUUUCACAGCACGUCGCGGGUUUACAGAUUCAGACUCCAGAGGGCGAAUGGAAAUACGUGAAGCCUGUUGAUGGUGGAAUAACUUGUAAUGUUGCUGAUACGUUAUCAUUUUUGACCAAUGGCUUCCUGAAAUCAACAAUCCACCGGGUUGUCACCCCACCAAAGGACCAGAUUCAUAUCCCUCGUCUUGGACUGCUCUACUUUUGCAGACCAGGUGACCAUACCAUAAUGAGGACUGUCCCAUCGCCUUUGCUUGAACGCCUUGGGCUUCUCACCGAGGAGGAUAAAAAUCCCACCGGGCCUGCUGCCACAGGAACUGAAUAUGUCCGUGCCCGUGUCAAGGAUGUGCACCACAAGAAAGUUAUCGAUCGCCGAGAAAACACGUCUUUCGAAUUCAAGGGACUUAAGGUACCCAAUUAUUACAAAUAA